GACUCCGGGCGGGACGUGAUUGAGGUGGCACAGAUGAACGGAGAUCAUCGCAAGACCCUCAUCUCCGGCAUGAUUGACGAACCAUACGCCAUCGUGGUGGAUCCACUGCGGGGGAUCAUGUACUGGGCUGAUUGGGGAAACCAUCCCAAGAUUGAGACUGCUGCCAUGGACGGUACAAUGCGAGAGACGCUGGUCCAGGAAAACAUUCAGUGGCCAACAGGGCUCGCAGUGGAUUACUUCAAUGAGAGGCUGUACUGGGCAGACGCCAAGCUCUCCGCCAUUGGCAGCGUGCUUCUCAAUGGCUCGGACCCGGUGGUCAUUAUCAAUAACAUCCUCAGCCACCCAUUCAGCAUCGACAUCUUUGAGGACUACAUCUACGGCGUGACGUACAUUAACAAUCGCAUCUUCAAGGUGCACAAGUUCGGGAAAGAGAAAGUGGAAUUCAUGAACUCGGGGCUCAACCAUGCCACAGACGUGGUGCUGUACCACCAGCACAAGCAGCCUGACGUGACGAACCCGUGUGACCGCAAGAAGUGCGAGUGGCUGUGUCUGCUGAGCCCCAGCGGCCCUGUCUGCACCUGCCCCAACGGCCGGAGACUGGACAACGGGACCUGUGUGGAGAUCCCUUCCCCCACACUUUCUCCCAUCUCGCCCCCCACUGGUACUUGCAGUCAGCAGUGUCUGAAUGGUGGCAGGUGCUUCCUUAACGCCCGGAAGCAGCCGAAAUGCCGGUGCCAGCCUCGCUACACAGGGGACAAGUGUGAGAUCGACCAGUGCCGCGAGUACUGUCAGAACGGGGGCACCUGCACCGCCUCGCCCACGGGAACCCCAACCUGCCGCUGUCCAAAUGGUUAUACCGGCCACAACUGUAACCAGCAGGUGUGCCAGGGCUACUGCCAGAACAAUGCCACCUGCGUGGUCAACCAGGGUAACCAGCCUAACUGCCGCUGCCUAGAAGACUUCAUUGGAGACAAGUGCCAAUAUCGGAAAUGCUUCGAUUACUGUGAAAACGGCGGCACGUGCCAGCAGGCUUCGGACGGCAGGAAGCUGUGCCGCUGCACCCCGCAGUACGACGGGCCGGUGUGUGAACAGGACAAGUGCAGCCGCUGCAAGGGUGGCGCCUGCACUCUGAACAAGCAGAGCGGAGAGGUGUCCUGCAACUGCACCAAUGGAAAGAUCGCCCCCAGCUGUCUAACAUGUCAGGACUAUUGUCUGAAUGGUGGCGAAUGCAUAAUGGACAAACGAACGUAUAUGCCAGAGUGCCAGUGUUCUCCAGGCUGGUCAGGAACUCUGUGUGAUAAAGUGAUCCCUACUGGUUCCUCACAGAGCAAUGGAAGGACAGCGUCGAUUGUGAUUCCCGUCAUCCUGCUGCUGCUUCUAAUCCUGCUGAUAGCCGGGGCUGUGUUCUGGUACAAGAGGAGAAUGCGAGGGGCCAAGGGGUUCCAGCACCAGCGCAUGACGAAUGGCACCAUGAACGUGGAGAUGGCGAACCCCACCUACAACUACGAAGGGGAGCCUGACGAUGAUGGAGGAGAGCUGCUGGACGCAGACUUCCCCCUCGACCCAGACAAGCCCACCAACUUCACGAAUCCAGUGUACGCCACACUCUACAUGGGGGCCCACAACAGCAGGAACUCGCUGGCCAGUACCGACGAGAAGAAGGAGCUGCUUUCCAGGGGGGACGAUGAUCUGGGGGACCUGCUGGCAUAGACCUGCGCGCCGCGCCACACAGACCGAUUCUCGCUGUUUUGAGCUGUGUUUUUCUUUAAAAAUAAAAAUAAUAAUACAAAAGCAUAAAGAAAAAAGAGAACACUGUAUAAAUGUACAAACGAAGGACUACUUUUGUAUGUGAUUGCAGUAUUAUAUUUUGUUGUUUUUUUUUUUAAUUCGUUGCAGUUAACCUUUUAAAAAUAGCUAAUCUUUCCCCCGGCUACCCUCAAAAAUCGCCACAACCAGUGUGCGAAACGGCCAAUGUCACACCAGUGUUGUUUUUUUGAGGAGACCUGCACAGGUGCCAUUGUUGCAUUUGAAGAUCGUUUGUUUUUUUUUGCAAAAGGUGAUGCAGACAGAGGAGUUCAAGGGUUCAGAGGUCAUUGUGGUAAAGGUUGGGCAUCGGAACGACUGUUAAAUGUGUUUUAAGAAGUGUAAAGAAAGGUUAGGGUUUGAUUCCCAGUUAUAAGACAGUUUCUAUAUGGCAAAUGUACAGCAUUUCAGGGGCUGGCUGAUGGGUUGUUUUUUUCCUCAGAACAAAUAAUAACGGUGUUUUUGAAGAGUGAUUGUGUAUUGUAUUUCUUGCACAGAUUUGUAGUGAAAUGAAGAAUCUUCUGUUUUUGAGAAGUGUCUCAUACACAGGUAACUAGACACAGAAAUUGCUUAUUUUUUAAUGUUUUGAAGGUUUUAGGGUUUGGGAGACUUAAAAGAAAUAACAAUAAUGAACCAUUCCAGGCUUGUAACGCUUCUAAGAAAUGAAAUGCAUACAUAGACGAUAUAGCAAAAGGAGGCCAAUUUUUACAAUUGUCAAGCAGGAAGAAAAUAAACUAAAGGACUCCAUUUUAUGAGUUCGAAAGGAGGAGGGCUGGAUAGCGAAUAUGUUUCACUCUAUCUCGAAGUGUAUUUUCGAUAUUUUUUUAGGUAAUUUUGACUUCAGCUUUUUAAAUUUGAAUUGUGUUAUAAGAGGUUUAUUUUUGUCUUUUUUUAUAGCUUUUUUUCUUUUUUUUUCCUCCAGUUUCAUUUAUACUCAUUUGCUGCUAAUACUGGCUUCGUCUGAAACAUUAUAAAACUCAGCAGUCCUUAUAGUCUAGCUGGGAAGCUGCUUCUAUUGAAGGUUAUCAGCCAUAUUGUAAUGCAUGCAACUAAAAUAAAAAGAAAUAACCAAUCUUGUUGCUUACCCGAACACAACAGUAUUCACAGAGUCAUAGAGCGUUCAUUUUUUUUUUUGUUAUAAAAAAAAAAAAAAAAAAAAAAUUAAGUACAAUCAGUUUUACUUUCUUAUUUUUUCAUAUGCGCAUUUAGUAUAUUUUUUUUUUGUUUUUAUAAAUUUAAAAAAAAAAAUACAAAAAUAGCUUUUAUAGUAGACAUGCAUGCGGCCUUUUUUUUUUUUUUUUUUUUUGGAAAGAGAAUAAUGUUUUAAUAACUUUUGCUGGAGUACUUUACAACUAAAUAACAGAUGUUGUUAUAAAUAAAAUUUAAAAAAAAAAAAAA